AUGGUAUUCUCUGUACGCUCGACCCCACGGCACCCAAAGCUACUGAGUUGCCUGCGUUCUGGCCAGAAGUGUUGGAGUGUGACUUACAACCAUCAGAGGAUCUGUGCCUUGAAGGGGUCAACAGUGAACAUAUCCUGCUCUUACACAUAUCCCAGUUAUCAUGAGAUCAAAAAAGCUUUCUGGUUUACUAAAUGGUCUGAUAUGGAUGCUGAAGAUCUAAGCUCAGUAGCAGGGUAUGAGGGUCAUAUAGAGUACCUUGGGGAUAAGGAGAGUGACUGUACCCUGAGAUUGCCACUCAUUACCAAGAGUGACGCAGCUACGUACUGGUUCAGAUUUAUAACAGAUCAGACUGGAGGGAAAUAUUCUGGUGAUCCUGGAAUCACUCUGUCUGUCACAGAUGUGCAGGUGAAGGUGACUCCUUAUUCACAGAUUUCAAAAUGGAAGACACUGACCUGUAGCACCACCAACUGUCCUCUGACGGGUAACCCCCCCUACAUCUGGUACAAGAACGGACAGAUAGUAACUGAGAAUACUUCCCCCUAUUCAGUCCUCCCUAAUGCUGUAGACAGCUACUACUGUGCUGUAAAAGGCCAUGAGGAUCUCAGCUCUCCUGCAGUGUAUAAACCAAAGAACACCUCAGUGUCAGUCAGUCCCUCUGGUGAAAUAGUGGAGGGCAGUUCAGUGAAUCUGACCUGCAGCAGUGAUGCCAACCCACCUGUCCAGAGUUACAUCUGGUGGUACAAGAAGAAUGGAAGUGACUAUCAGAGUAUGACAGGACCACAGCAUGUCUUCAAUCAAAUCCAGUCAUCUGACAGUGGAGAGUACUACUGUGAGUCCCAGAAUGAGAUGGGGACAGACAGGUCUAGGACCAUAAACAUGGAUGUGAAGUAUGGCCCAAAGAACAACUCAGUGUCAGUCAGUCCCUCUGGUGAAAUAGUGGAGGGCAGUUCAGUGACUCUGACCUGCAGCAGUGAUGCCAACCCACCUGUGGACAAAUACAUCUGGUACAAGAAGAAUGGAUCUUCACUGACAGGAUCUGAAAAGACAUACAAUUUCACGACCAUCAGCUCUGAGGACAGAGGAGAAUACUACUGUGAGGCUGAGAAUAAAUAUGGACGUCUCAACUCUUCUUCUGUGUCUGUGGACGUUCAAUAUGGCCCAAAGGACACCUCAGUGUCAGUCAGUCCCUCUGGUGGAAUAGUGGAGGGCAGUUCAGUAAUUCUGACCUGCAGCAGUGAUGCCAACCCACCUGUGGACAAAUACACCUGGUACUUUCAAAAUGAGACUUUUCUAAAUGGAUUUGGAGAGAUCUACAACAUAAGUAACUUCCAGUCUAAGGACAAUGGACAUUACCACUGUGAGGCCUGGAAUAGAAGAGGAUCUAGGAACUCUACAGCUCUGAUGAUCUUUUUACCAGAGAAACAAACAUCAGAAAUCAUAGUGGUUGUUCUGGUUGUCAUCCUCUGUCUCGUUUGCUGCAUGUCGCUCAGGAAAUGCACAGGAGGAUGUGAUUCCACAGCAAACACACAGAGUCCAUCCUAACCCUAACAGUGACACGGACUGAAGAGAACCACCACAGAACAUGGACUGAAGAGAACCACUACAGAACAUGGACUGUAGAUCUUCAACACCAAACCAAAGCAAGGCCUUACACCUCUAUUCUCCUGCUAUCGUAUUGCUAUCAUAUCUAGAAGAUUUUCCAGACCAUUAGUAAUGAAGAAAAUGCUGGAUUUGAACAAUCAUUCCUUGAUAUUAUAAUGAUGUAGAUUGAUAAUAAAUGGGAUAGAUUAUGCUUCUACUCUUUUCUGUGGGAUUUUGCCAUUUACAGUUUUUUUGAAUACCUAAUGUACUUUUCUCCGUGACUAAUAUGGAUACUAUUGUUAACAGCUUUUUAAUGUGUAUUGCUCUUGGACCAAGUUGCGCUUGAUAUGUUCAAAUGAUCUACUUUGUAUUGCUGUCAGGCAUUAUUGCGCAAUUGCCUUGAUGAAAAAUAAUAUUAAUACCAUAAUCAAGCUGGUUUUAUUGUCAAAGUAUACAUUAUUACCUAUUUUAGACACAUUAGAAUAUGUAUAGAUAACAGGCUACAUUAUACUAUAUAUGGAUAACAGGCUACAUUAGACUAUAUAUGGAUAA